CUGAGCUUGUAUUUGAAGCAAUGUGUUUGAUAGUAUUCUGUAUAAUUAUUUGAAGAUAUUUUUUUUUGCAGUUCUCUAUCCAGCAGCGUCACUAUCUAAACUAACUGCGUUUAAGUUUCGUUAAUUCUUUUUUAAAAUUUCCGAAUGAACAGCAGUCAAAAACAAUUUUCUAAUUUCAAUUUCACUAGAAAACAUUUUUUACAGUCAAAUAGUUUAAAAGUAAUGAAAUUAUAAUUCAAAAAUUUUGUCCAUCAUAUUUUAUGUUCACCGAUUAAUAAGUUCAAUCUAAUUUUACAAAUGAAACUGCUUAUCCUCAUUCGGCUUAGAGUAUAUCGUUCUAAUACGUCAGAAAUAUGGAUACUAUUAAAUAAAAGAAGAAGAAAGUGGGAGGAGUAUAGAAUGAAGGUAAUUAGAAAACAUAAAUUGAUAUAAAACACGGUUUUUUAUAUAUGUAGUUAAGGUCACUCAAUAGUAGUUGAUAACAUGGUUUUAUCCAGUACUACACAAUUUUCCCUUGGGCUCUUUCAAAAGAUUGAAACCAGGAUUUAUUGUAUAUUUUUAGUAUGGCCACCCUUAAGCUAAAGUUAAUAUUUUAAAAAGUAAAUUUUAAUUAUUUUUAUGAAGACUUCUUUUUUAAUUUGAAUAUGUAAUUGGGUGUCAAACUUCACAUUUAUAUCUCGGGUUAUGCGAUACAGACCUAUGUCAGUAUGUUUAAUUCCAUGUGGAGAGGGGAAGAAAAAGGUGCGAGGCGAGGUAGUUGAAAUUCACGGUUCUAAUUCUCUACGCUAAAUAAGAUGCAAACUCACUAAACCUUCUGAUAAAAGAAUAAAGAAGCAUCAUCUGUCGAAAGAUAGUUUUAUCAUCCACUUCAAGUUUCUGAAUGCUACCAGAAGUAACCUUGCGAGAAUUUGCUGGUGCGGGGACGAGCGGACUUGUGCUCGAGAUCUUAUCUGCUGUUGAUUGCUUAUCAAGCCAACGAACUGUGACAGCUGUCAGUCAGUCAUGUUUCCAAGUGUUUACAAGUUAACUGUUGUAUGAAAUUUUUCAGUUUGUCCAAUGCACCGUUUGUUUUGGAAGCCGCCACAAGUCUGAAAAGUCCUUGCUGAACCCUUUGUUUUUUUUUUAUAAUUGGGUGGGGACACCGGAUUCGAUCAUUUUAAAUGUUUUUUUUGAGAAUUACGAAGAGUAUGUUUAAAUUUAACAAAAAUUAUUUAAAAAACAUUAUAUGGAAAAACUUUGCAUGUACAACUCGCGGUCAAAGAAAAUUCCCGUGGGCUAUACACCUAUAUGUUAGUACAAACAUUUUUGACAAAAAAUAUUUAUCUGAUCUCUCGUGCGACUGCAACAAGGUAUUCCCACGCUGGCGAUUACAUUUAUUUUUUGUAACUGGCGGCCGUCUGUAAGGGCCAUUCAGGAUGCGUUAGCUUCCGCGCCGGAUGGCUGUGAUUGGUGUGCUGUCAGUGGGCAUGCACCUGAAAUAAACCCAUCCAAACAACACAGAGCAGACAAUGGUACAAAGUUUCAACACACAGCUGGUCUGGAAAUUUAUUUUUUUGCGGAAAAAGAAAAAUGCAUGGCCCUAUAAAUCGGCGUGAUAGUUUGGUCAGUUGAGUUGCACCUCAAUCACAAUAACCUCAACCAGUCAAGCCUGAGUAUGACGUAACUUACCCAGUUCUCGAAACGCUUGACGCCAGAAUGUGCUGAAAAUACUGGGUGGAAAAUUUAGCUUGUUGCCAAGAUUCCAAUAGAUCAAAGUGUUGCAAUGGUAAUAUCUCAUUACUAGAGACAUGCAAAAUUCGCGGAUUCAUUCGGUGAUAGGCUAGAAUUCAAACACAUAUACCUCUUAGAUAAUUUUGCUAUUGGCUUACUGUUCAUCUGGACGAAUCUCAACCAGUUAUAAACCCUCAACCAAAGAAGGAUCGAUUCGCAUACAAACCAGCUGAGACGACUUAUAAGUCACCAGCCAAUGAACUUGCGUUAUUUUCCCGAGUGUACAUGGGUAUGUGCAGUCUAUCCUGAAGGCCAUCGAAACCGCGAAUUUUGCAGGUCUCUACUCAUUACAGAGGGCUCUAGUUCGAAUACUAUCCAACUAUAUCCUUGUUUUCGUUUUUAGAUGGUUUCUAUAAACACUCUAGAUAUUGUGCUGGGAUAUAACCUUGCUAUAGGCCAUUUCAGAAUUUUUUUCCCCUCCCAAUCCCCCUGGUCAUAAUCCUAGUGUGGUACCUUUCCUUCUCUGCUGACCAAGCUAUCGAAGAAACUUUAUACACCCCUACCACCCCUCACCAUCAUCCCCAAAAAAUAAUUCCUAACAUUAAACAGUAUCGAUUAAUUUGUUCACGCCUCAUUCGUUUCAAAACAAACGAUUCGCAAAAUUAAUACAAUUUUUUCGAUCGCAAAUUUGUUGGUGAAUUCAUGUUCGCAUAUGUAAAUUUUAAUGACAUCUAACCUAUUUGAAAUCUCUAUCAUAAUCUUGUCCGAAUUAGAAAAUGACACAUUAUGUAACAUUUUUUUUUUACAUUUCAGUUGGACGUUAUUGUAGACCAUAGUACAUGAAAAUAUUUUGAGAGUUAUUAAAUUUAAGUGGAAAAUGUAAUACAUCCGCAUCUUUUUUCAGUAUGGCAGAUAUGUAUAGUUAUUUCAUAAUAUUGUUACAUGUUAUCGCCUUGUAUGUGUGUAUGUAUGUAUGUAUAUAUAUAUAGUGUAUGUAUGUAUGUAUGUAUAUAUAUAUAUAUACAAUUAAAUACCGCGCGUUCACAUGAUUUUCAAUAGCGGACUUUGGGGAAGGGGAGGAGAAACGAGUAUUAACACACACACACAUACACACACUAUGUAAAUGUUUAUUAUAUAUUGCCUAUAGAGAGAAAUAUUAUUUCUUAAUCUAAAAAUAUUCUGUGAAUUAUAUUUUCUUUGUAUAUGUACAAUAGCUGCAAAUUCGUGAGAAUUUCAAAGCAGUUGAUUGAUUGUUCAUAAUUUUAACUGCAACAUUUUCAAUUUUGAGCAAAGAAAGAGCGCCAUCCUUGAUUUUUUUUUAACUGGGCUGUGACAAAUUAUACUAAACUACUCCCACACACGUAUAUAAAUGUUAAACUUGACAACUCUACCUCCAAACCAAAAUUUUCGGACUUAUUUUAGUUUUUGAACCCGACUAGUUGCACCGUGUGAAGUUUAUAUAAUACUCAAUUCUAGUGCUAAUCGGCGCUGGAAUCAUACUGUGGUGAAACACUAUUCUACUGACACUGCGAUAUGACUAGCUCGGAUGAGCAUUGAAGUACAGGUGAUAGCAUUUUUUUUUAUCAUCGCAAUAUCGCUAAUUCUAACAAUUACUUCUUUUUUUUAAUUAAAUGAUAUGAGCGUAGAAGUAUGGACCGAUAACAUUUAUUUUUCAAUUAUUUAUUCGAAAUUUAGUCUCUGUUUGACCUUAGGACGCAGCUGUAUUGCUUUUCAGUGACCACAAUAAAAUACAUGGCCGACAAUGAAGUAUCAUCAAAAGGCAGAGGCGCGUGCGCCUGCAUACCCAAGCGCGUCAUCAUCGCGGCGAUGGCCUCGACGGGCAUCCUGGUGCAGUUCAUGCUCAAGGUCAGCAUGUCGGUCAUCAUCGUCGCCAUGGUGAAGAGCGGCGGGACUUGUCCGGCGCGCGACAACGGCACCAACGGCACAGCAGAGAGAGCCGACUGCCACGAAGACGAAGGCGAGUUCGAGUGGAGCGGGUCCAUGCAGGGCUUCGUGCUGUCGGCCUUCUACUACGGCUACAUCGCCACCCAGGUGCUGGGCGGCUGGCUGUCCGACAGGUUCGGGCCCAAGUACGUGAUGGGCUGCGGCGUGGCGGCGGGCGGGGCCUGCAUGAUGCUGGCGCCAAUCGCGGCCCAGCUGAGCGUGUACGCCUUCGCCGCGGUCAGGGUCGUCAUCGGCGCGUUCGCGGGGAUGUUUUUCCCUCCCCUCCAGGAUCUUUUUUCCAAGUGGUUUCCACCAGAGGAACACCAGAAGACUUCCGGAAUGAUGUAUUCCACGAUCUACCUGGCCAACAUGAUCUCCAUGUGCGUGACGGGCGUGCUGUGCAGCUACAACUGGGAGCUGGCGUUCUACGUCUACGGCUCGCUCUGCAUACUGUGGUUCGUGCCUUGGGUGUUCCUGGUCUACGACUCGCCCGACCAGCACCCCACCAUCUCCCUGGAGGAGAGGAACCACAUCAUGAAGCACGCCAAGUUCUGGGACUCCAACAAGAAGAAAGAAAAAAAAGUGGUGCCGUGGAAAGAUAUUCUGACGUCUUUUCCGGUAUGGGCUCAGAUACUGGUGCAAGUUGGAGGCUCAUAUGUCUCGUACACAAUUAUGUCAGAGCUUCCGACGUACAUGAAACAAGUUCUCCACUUCAACGUACAGAAGAGUGGUAUGUUAUCAGCUCUCCCUUACCUUUUUGGAGGUAUAGCCUGCAUGAUGUUUGGGGCCAUCUCGCAGUGGCUACAAAAAAAUGAAUACACAAGCAGGAAGACUGCGUACUACAUUUUCAAUGGCAUAUCUUGCUUCGGUCCUGCCGCGUGCCUGGUGGCCCUCACGUUCGUGGAAGGCACCACGUCGACGAUCGCGCUGAUGGUGUGCAUCCUGGUGCUGUUCAACGCCUACUACGGCGGCAGCUUCACCAACCUGCUGGACCUGGCCAUCAACUACGUGGGCAUCAUCACGGGUAUCCAGCUCACCUUCUCCAACACCACCGGCAUCUUGUCCGCCCAGGUGGCCGGACUGCUCACCGACGGACAGCAAACGCAUGAGCAGUGGGCCAAAGUAUUCUACAUCGCCGCCGGGAUAAUAGCGCCUCCGUACGUUUUCUUCCUGUUUUUCGGAUCGGUAGAAGAACAGCCGUGGAACAAGCAAGGGGAUGACGACGACGACGAAACACCGCCAGACCCAGAGAUACUGCAAAUCAAGAUGUCCAUCAAAAAACAGAGGAUCAGCAUUGACCAAUUCCCGAACGUGUGACUGCUGUGGCCCAGGCCAAAGUCACGCGCGUAUAACGGCACGGGCCACGUGUACGGGAACAAUUAUACGGAUAGCGUGCGUCAAAACCGUAGAGCAAAGAUACGAGGGCGUAUCAAUAAGUAAUGCUCAUAAUGUGAAAGAAAAAAGUAAUGAAUGACAAUAUGAAAAAUAAAUUAAAUAAUAGCCCAUUUAUUACUUUUCCACAUUACUCCUAUUCAUGCUAAGACAUUUGUCCCAACGAUAGAUCAGUUUGAGAAUCCUGGUCUCAUAGCACCCAGUCCUGCGAGUUCGCACGGCCCGUUUGAAUCAAAUUUCUUACCGGCAAGGAACUUCUUCGUGGGUCGAAACAGAUGGAAAUCGGAAAACGCCAGGUCAGGGCUGUAGGGUAGGUGCCCAUCAAAACUCCCCAACUUAUCUCUGGUUUUUUUUUUUUUUUUUUUUUUUUUUUUUACGAAUUUGUACUGUCAAUACUGUCUUUUCCGCCUUUCCGAAUGGAUCUCUCCCGCUUUCUUUCCUUUCAUGCAAUAAAUAAAUCUUAUCAAAGCCCGUUGCUCCUUCACAGUUGACGAUGUAAUCGCUGACGGCAUUUUACCGAAUGCUAUCCGUAUGUGGAAUCACGAGACCUUGCAUUGCGGCCAUUCUGUAGCGCCCUCUGGGGGUCCCUUUUUUAAGUCAAUAAUUUCAUUUUUACUCAUUAUUUUCCUACUUCAAAAUGGACAUGCGCGUUUCUCAUUGAUAUGCCCUCGUGAAAGUUGAGCGCCUUCUGGGCUUCGCAGUUGACAUUUUUGGCAAGCAUUUUUGGCGCCUACAAUUAUGUAAAACGUUCGCCACACCAACAUUCGCUUCACCUAUCAUCAUCAAGGAUACAUUAUAAACGUUUGAACGGAUAUUUCCUUUCUUCGUGUAAAAUAAAAAAUAAACAUUUUAAGUGUAAGUGUGCCUUAAUAAAUUGAAUAGCGUUUGUAUAACUUCGGGAAAAUUUACCUUGAAAUCUUAAGAAAGUAAUAUUCUGAAAUUAAUUUGCUUAUCGGCUAAACUCAUCUUAUAGACUAAAACUACUAUAAAAUUGAUUAUUUAAAAAUUUUAUUAUUUUCACGUUUUAUUCCCUAAACAAAUGUUAACAGACACUGAUCAUUAGGAGAACAAGGGUCACAAACCUAUCAAAUAUCAUGAUUUCUCAUUCUAAGUUUUGGAUUUUAUCAUUGCAAAUAAAAACAAAACUUUUUUUUCAACUAUUGUGAUUUCUCAUAGCACGGGUCGGAUUUUAUUAUUACAAAUACACAAUUCGCCGUAGCCUAAAUUCACUGUUCCUUUGUGUUCCCUCUACGGUCAAAACCUGUUGUCUGCAGGUAGCUGUUUCUGCAGGAUUUGUAAAAGCUGCAUGCUCCCUUCCCGUAUUAAUGUAACAGUCCCGUCUUGAGAGCUAAAUGUUUACUUGUCGUUCGUCACGUAGAUGUGCAACAAGGGCGAAUGUCCUGGGACUAAGUACGUAUUUCUCACCAUGGACACUGAGUCCGAGCAUUAGUUGCAAAAGUGUUCCAGCAGCUUCUUGGAGUAUCCUUACAAAUUAUUGCCAUAAAAACAUAAAGGAAAAUUUCAGCUUCUCUGAAACUUUCGUCAUUGUUAAAUCCCCAAAUCCCUCCCACCCAACCCAAAAAAAAAAACACUUCAUGCACCAAAAUACCUACCACCCGGUUAUAAAUAGGAAACUAUUAUUAAAAUUAAUAUGGGGAAUAGAGUUAUAGUAUAGUUUUAAUUAAUUGUAAGUUUUUCAAUAAAAAUACACAACUUUUUUGUUGAGGAAUAAUUUUUUUGGUAUCGUAAAGCUUAAAGAAUUUAGAUAUGUAUGUCGUGAAAAUAAGAGAAGACUUUUAAGUUUUAUUAGCUUUAAAUCAUUAUGUAAAUAGUAAAGAAUUAAUCUAUCGGAGAAAUGAUGAUAGGCCUAAUGAAUCCAAGUUGAAACCUGUAACACAAUAAAAAUUAAAAAUCUGCAAAACGAUCAGUUCAAGCACAGUCUCAAACAUGAAUUUCUAUUAGGAAGUAUAUUAUUAUAUCAUUUCCAGGGGAAAAAUGUAUCACUUAUCGUAUUAAAUGAUGAUGAUAAACGGACGUCCACUGCAGAACCCACUCUAGCACUCUCAUUUGACAAGUCAUUCAGUUAACCUUAAAUUCUCAUUCCAUAUGACAAAAGUUUUGCUUCCACGUGACAUUGAACUUUAAACUAUGUUCCUUUUUUUAAGCAUGUGAAGUGAGCGGCAAGCAUUCAGAAUAGUGGCAUCGACGCAACAAACGGAAAACAUUACAUAUAUUCUGUAGAUCUGAGCCUGGUCGCUUUUUGCGAAUGAUUGUUUUUGAUGAGUCGUCACUGAUAAUAAAUUUAUAUGUAGUAGAA